AUGCCCAAACGAAAGGCCGCUACUGCGCUAUCCAAUUCAGCCGGCGAUGAGGAUCCUAUCCAAGCUAAUGACUCCGGAAGGGAACGCCCUACCAAGAAGCAGAGAGGAAGGCCUCGAUCGAAAUCUGCAGAGAUAAAGCCCCUAACGCAAGCAGGGCGCGAUUCCAGUACAGCACCCCCGCAAGCGUCCGAGGCACCUACGAGAAAGAGCGGCCGCAGGGGCAGACCCAAGGGCAGCAGAAACUCGGUUCAAGCAACACAAGACAUAUCGGAAGAGCAGGCUGAGGUCAGGGAGUCAGAACACGAAGCAGGCGAUCAGGAGGCGGAAGGCACUGCUGCCUCGAAUGAUGAAGCAGACGAGGCACAGGAAGUUGCAAAGCCAGCAAGGACCACCAAGUCUACGAGAGCUGCCCCUCGUGGCCGGAAAAAUGCCGCCACAAGGAACUCAGUUCAGACAGAUGGUGGAUUCGAGUACACUCCAUCUACUGCCCGACAACGCAAAUCGCUGGACAAACCUGAAGCCAGACCAGAACCACCGAAGAGACAAAAACGGAAACCCGAAGUGGAGGAGAACAACGACGCACAAGAUAAUGAAAGCACUGCUCCGGAUGUCGUGGACGAGACUCUGCUUCAAGAUGCGCCGGUAGAAGCCCGGUCUGUGUCACGCUCUCCCACCAAACGACAAUCCCAGAGAGGCAUAUACAGCUCUCCUUCAAAGUCAAGGCUAGGAGGAACGGCCGAGGCCAAUGUGGAGCCCGAGUUGCGUCGUCGGAUUGGUGAACUGACGAAGAAAUGCGAUACUCUUGAGAAUCGUUAUCGGAAUCUCAAAGAGAUUGGCAUUGUUGAAGCGAACUCGAACAUGGAAAAACUACGAAAACAGUGCGAGUCGAUGACAAACGCUUCGAACAACCUGAUCGCAUCAUUGAAGGCAGAGUUAGAGGCCCAGAAGGCACUUGGUCAGCAAAGUCGGUCGCUCCAACGACAGCUGAAGGAACGGGAUGCCGAAGUAGCUCAGUUGAAGUCGCAAGCUGAGGAGGCGACGAGUCAGCUCUGCUCGGCACAGACUGAGGUUAAGGCUUUGCAAACCAAGCUUGCCGCGGCUCGUAACACGGCUGCGAGCCUUGAGAAUGCAGCCAUCAAGAUGCCUGGAAGUGCAAUCAAGAGCGGUGCCAAUCGUGCGAAUGCUGCUGCGGUCACUGCUGAAGCCGCGCAGGCAGCUCAAUUUGCCCAGCUCAAGGAAGAUUUGUACACUGAUCUCACAGGCCUAAUAAUUCGUGAUGUUAAGAAGCGACCGUCUGACAAUCUGUAUGAUUGUAUCCAGACUGGUAGCAAUGGAACCCUUCAUUUCAAGCUGGUUGUGCCCCACGUAUCGUCGGCCAACUUUGAAUCUGCCGAGUUUCAAUAUAUCCCACUGCUGGAUGAGAACAGAGACCGUGAGCUGGUUGAUGUUCUUCCCGAGUACUUGACUGUCGACAUUACAUUUGUUCGCCAACAAGCAUCGAAGUUCUAUACCAGAGUGAUCGAUGCGCUGACCAAGCGGCGGAGUACUGCUGCCAUCUGAUCGCUUUGCGGGUCAUUCCUGUGCAAACCCAUUAUUCUAUUUAUACUGUCAUUGUGAUUGGGCUUUCUUUGUUGAGCAUUUUGAUUACCUGGGUUGAGUCUUUUGGAGAUAUCCCUUAUCGCAUAGCAGACGCCGGGACACUGCGUUAGGGCGCUUCUGGAGCGAUUCCAUGCUUUUUCUUAUGUUAUACUUUUCCAAUACUAUCUGAUUUGGCGGGAAUGUGAUGGUAUCUAUCCGGCUAUAAGAUCAGAAGAUGAUGGUUCUCAGUGGCAGAAGACAUUGAGUCAACUCGCG